AUGAAGGCUUUGAGGCAUUUGUUGGCAAGGGCGGUGCAAGCAGGUUUGCUGAAUGGAUUUGAGGUAGGAGUGGCUCCGGGGAAUGCGAUGGUGUCUCAUUUGUUUUAUGCAGAUGAUGCACUUAUUUUUUGUGAUGCGGAGGAGGUCCAGAUUGGACAUUUGAGAUGCGUGUUAUUGUGUUUUGAGGCAAUGCCCGAGCUUCGGGUUAAUCUAGCAAAAUCAGAAUUGAUUCCAGUGGGGCAAGUGGCGAGGUCUUCGGUGUUGGCAGCCAUGUUGGGGUGCAAAGUGGUAUCGUUACCUGUUACAUAUUUGGGUUUGCCUUUGGGGGCUUCCUUUAAAGCGACAGGGAUUUGGGAGGAGUGGUGGAUCGGGUGCGUCAUCGGUUGGCAGGAUGGCAACGUCACAAGGCAAAUUGAGAAAUUGCAAAGGGACUUUUUGUGGGGUGAUGGGGGUGAGGGUGGUCAUUACCAUUUGGGGUCUUGGGAUUGGAUCCGUAGAUCUAAGGAGCAAGAGGGUUUAGGGGUUCGGAUGUUGGUCUUGUUUAAUUUGGCCUUGUUAGGGAAGUGGCUGUGGCGUUUUGUGGAGGAGAGGGCGUGUCUUUGGAGGCGAGUGGUGGUUACUAAGUUUGGUGUGGUUAGGAGAAUGUGGUGGUGUGGUGACUUGUCUUUAGAGUUUCGCUUUCCUUUGAUAUUUGCUAUUGCUGCGAAUUCUGAGGUGUUGGUUAGUGCUAUAAGGGUUGGGAAGGGGCAGUUCAGGGCGGAUAAUGAUACUUUGGUUUGGGUUUGUCCUAGGGCCAAAGGUAUUUUCACGGUGUCUUCAUUCUAUGAGGCGCUUGUUGAGGAUAAGUGUGUUGUUGAUGGCUCUUUCGUCUAUCCGUGGAAGAGUGUUUGGGUGUCGGGCACGCCAUCCAAGGUUUCCUUUUUUGUGUGGACGGCGAGUUUGGGUGAUGCUUGUGGUGGUAAUGUUUGGGUUGGUUUGGAUUCAACCGGGGUCUUUGUUUGCAGUUUUGCAGAGUUAGGUCGAGGGAAGGGUGGGGAAGAAGCGUCGAAAGGCUUGGAUUCUUGCCUUGCACUGUUUACUUUGGCUGAUUUGGCUGGAGCGAAAUAG